UUCCUACACGUUCACUCACAGCUCAUCUUGGAGAAACAGCCAGUCAGGCAACGGAUGUUCUGUGCGGGCCUUAGGUGUUCACUGCUCAAGCGAUUGGCCACUUGUGAGGGCGCUAAUUUGCAGCCAUGGGAAAGACACGUGUGAUCUCCAAGGGUUACCGACAUGGCACUCGUGACAAGUAUUCCAAGAAGUACAGGACCAAGGGAAGACCUGGCUUGGCAAGGUACUUGGUGAACUUCAAGCGUGGAGACUAUGUGGACAUCGUCGCUGACCCCUCCAUCCAGAAGGGAUUGCCAUACUCGUUCUACCAUGGCAGGACUGGAAUUGUCUUCAACGUGAACCGCAAUGCCCUGGGAGUUGAGAUGACCAAGAUUGUAGGCAACCGCCAGCUGCGCAAGCGCAUCCAUGUGCGCAUUGAGCACGUGCGCAAGUCCCGAUGCAACGAGGCUUUCCUGCAGCGAGUGAAGGAGAAUGACAAGAAGAAGGCACAGGCCAAGAAGGAAGGCAAGAGCAUCGUUUGCAAGCGCGUGCCUGAGGGACCAAAGGAGAUGAAGACGGUGACGGCUGAGGCUGAUGAUGUUGAGGUGCUGGCACCCCUGCCUUUCGUUGAGAACUACUUCUGAGAGUCCACAAGCCAUCAGGCCAUUCGACCAGAAGUCUUCACAGCCGCGAGCAGAG